CGGUAACGUUCAUUCUCAGGACAGAGCGCGUCAGGAGAAGAAGGGAAUAGAAAUACGAACUGAAGAAGAAGGGGAGACUCAGUCAAGCAACCUUUGAUGAUUUGAAUUAUUCUAGGCUUUGAUUUGAAUUAUUCUAGGCUUUGAAGACAUAUACACAGUCGCAAUGGAAUAAAAAAAUAAAAUAAUGCACUAAUGAAAGACGAAGGCUUACACCGAAUUUCACCGCGGUUUCUCAAUUGCCUGAGGAAAUGUACAGAAUAGCCCUCCAUCAUUGAAAAUGCGUCACAUGUCAGGAUGAUGAUCUACGUUAGACAUAGACUGCUGAUGGAAAUUAUGUCAUAUAAAAUGAAGGCAAAUUCCGCGCGCAACUGACGUCUAGGGCUACAUUAUAUCAGAGCAGGUGCUGUGUGUGUCCCGUCGACAUUUACCGUUAUACGCGCGUUCUGAAGAUUUAACCGUGAACGUGGUUGUGGGCCAUAAAGCCUGCAAGUCUGAUCACGGAGAAGAGAAGCGGGAUCUAUGUCUAUGACUUGAUGUCAACCUGAGAAAUAAUACACACUGGGAAAAUGUCAUCUGCAAUUGAAAGGAAGACGAUGGAGGCUAACGAGGAGCCGGUGGACGAGGUGUUACAGAUGCCCCCGUCCCUGCUGAACUGUGGGGGGUGCCAGCAGAGCAUCGGGGACAGGUUCUUCCUGAAAGCCAUAGAGAAGUACUGGCAUGAGGACUGUCUGAGCUGUGACCUGUGUGGCUGCAGACUGGGAGAGGUGGGACGAAGACUCUACUACAAACUGGGACGCAAGCUCUGCCGCAGAGACUACCUCCGGCUGUUUGGACAGGACGGGCUGUGUGCUAGCUGUGAGAAGAGAAUCAGAGCGUUUGAGAUGACCAUGCGUGUGAGGGACAAGGUCUACCACCUGGAGUGUUUUAAAUGCGCGGCCUGCCAGAAACACUUCUGUGUCGGGGACCGUUACUUGCUCAUCAACUCAGACAUUGUGUGUGAGCAGGACAUCUUUGAGUGGACCAAACUCAACAACAACAUGGUUUAGUAGAUUCAUGAACACUCUAGAACACCUCAAAAACAUGGUGUAGAACACUCUAGAACAUUCUACAACACUCUAGAACACCUCAAAAACAUGGUGUAGAAAACUCUAGAACAUUGUAGAACACCAUAACGAUGAGAUGGUUUUGAUUGUGAUCGUGAUCUCUCCAUUUGGGAUCAACAGCAUGAUAAAAUAUCUCAAGAUGUACAGCAAGAUAAUGGAUCUCAAACUUUUGGACAAAGGUCGCCACACACACACUUGUACCUCUCAAAUCUGUUAGAUGUUUGAAGAGAGUUGUUUCACCAUUGAUCUGUACUGGAGGCAAAAUGAAGGCUUGAUCCACCACCUAAGGGAGAACUAUUUCAUUAUCUUGGCUUCCGCCCUUUCAAAGCAAAAAAAAAGUAAAAUGUAUACAUGCAAUAAUCUAUGUGCUCAUUGCAGAAAUCUCAAUAUUUCUUGCAUCAUACAGUGUAAUAGAGAUUUGCUCAUUGAGCUAAAUGAUGAGUGGUGUAACUGGAAUUUGUUGUAGUCCAACACUGUUAUUUCACCUCGCUAGAGAAAUAUGUAUUAUGACAUUUGUUAUGAAUAUAUAUAAAGUGUUCUGUCCAAAAAGGUCGAUUCCAUUCCGAAGUAAUACAUUCCUAAAGUAAAGGUCUGUUUGGGGAGUCCGCAUGUGUCCCCUAGAGGCCAAGGGGAAAGCUUUCACUAUCAUUUCAAUAGGACUGACAGAAGUUCAAGAAAGAAGUUUCCAGUGUUUAUGUGUUUUGUUUUUGUAACUUUUGUUUUCUUUCAAUAUGGCUCAAAAACUUUGGGAUAUUUGUUAUAUAUAUCUGUUUAAUUAAACCCUCAUUAAAAUAUGUUACAUUUA